AUGUUUUCGAAAACAAUCUUCCAUGAUAAAUUGAAGAAGAAUUUAAUACAAAGCGAUGUCAGCCACUGUGGGUUUUUUUUUGCUGUGGGGGCUCCGUUAGGGCUCAUCUUCUUCCAGUUCUCUUCCAGUUCUCUUUUCUCCCGCUUUUUGCGCCGUCAGCGCGCCUUUUUUUUUUUGGGGGGGGGGUUGGCUUUGUCGCUGUCGUUGCUGCUGCUCUGCUUUUGUUGCUCCUUGUGUUUUUGCGGGAAGAGAUCCUUCAUUAUGAUUUUUGUUUUCCUUCGACGCUGCACGUGUGUGUGUUCGUUGAAACACGAGCCUUCAAAUGAUUGGCGUUUUCAGUCGGUGUUUUUGUUCCGCAUCACCGGCAAUGAGAUGCAAAAAACAAUCAUGACCUUAAUCUUCUGA